CAACGAAAUGUAAGAAACGCCGCCGUUUAUGAUGGACAAUCAAUAUAAGUGAUAAGUUAACCAUGUGUUUUAUGGUUGUGUUUUCUUGGCUUUUUUGUGAGCUGAAGAACCAGGCAGACGGAGGAGUUUGUCUUUCUUCCACAGCGAUUGCGUGUAAGUGAGUGCAUACUGAGAAGUUUCCGAUGCGACCUCAUAACAAAUCAAGCUCCAAUCACAAUCACCAAACCAGACGACCCACAGUUCUGUACCUGGUUUUGGCUGCUGUGUUUUUCUCCCUUCUUGUUUUCUCAAUCCAGUCCUCUUUCUUUACAGGUGCUCGUAAAGUAGAUCUCAUUGCCGAAAACGAUAUUCGGAUUCUAUCAGAAUUCCAGUCUGGUGUUCAGCAAUGCGUGGCAAACAGAGGGUUUGGGCUCACUGCACAUAUUAUUGACCACUGCAACUUGAUCCUUAAGUUCCCCGAAGACACUAAAAGCACCUGGUACAAUGAGCAAUUUAAAGUUUAUGAACCGUUGCAGUACAAAUAUAAUGUUUGUGAGACACUUCUAUUAUGGGAACAGUACCGCAACAUGACUACGGUGUUGACAAGAGAGUAUCUUGAUUCUCGGCCUAAAGGGUGGGAAGAUUAUGCACCGCAAAGGAUUGCUCAAUUGGAAACAAAAAAAUGCUACAACAAGACUCCUUGUGAGGAACACCUCAAUUUGAUUUUACCGGCCAAGCCUCCUUUCCACCCCAGGCAAUUUCACAAGUGUGCAGUUGUUGGAAACUCAGGAGAUCUUUUGAAGACUGAGUUUGGAGAGGAGAUUGAUAGUCAUGAUGCUGUUAUACGAGACAAUGAAGCUCCUGUUAAUGAGAAAUAUGCUAAGCAUGUGGGAUUGAAGAGGGAUUUUCGUCUUGUAGUAAGAGGUGCUGCUCGUAACAUGGUUAAGAUACUAAAUGGGUCUGCUGAUGAGGUACUUAUAAUCAAAAGUGUGACCCAUCGAGACUUUAAUGCAAUGAUCAAGAACAUUACAAAUCCAGUUUAUCUCUUCCAAGGUAUCGUACUACGACGAGGUGCAAAAGGAACUGGAAUGAAAUCCAUAGAAUUAGCACUUUCCAUGUGUGACAUUGUUGAUAUAUACGGUUUCACUGUUGAUCCUGGCUAUACUGAAUGGACACGAUACUUCUCUACGCCUAGGAAAGGGCACAAUCCUCUUCAAGGAAGAGCAUACUACCAGCUUCUUGAGUGCCUUGGUGUUAUUAGAAUCCAUUCUCCCAUGAGGUCUAAGAGAAAGCAGGACUGGUCAGAUGUGCCAAGUCAAGAAAUGAUAAUCAGAGCUCAUGCAGCAGCAUUACGUUUAAAGAGGACUCAAGGUGAUCAGGUUGGUGAUUUGGGACAGUUUGGUAGUUGUAAGGUGUGGGGAAAUGUGGACCCUGACACCAAAGGACCCGUAUCAGGAUCUCCAGAUAUGAGUGAUGUAAGAAAGUUUUCAAAUUACAAUAAAUGGGAAGUCAUGCCUUUUGGGAGUCUGAGAAAGGAAGCACGUGAUCACUUCAUUCAAAUGGAAGGUGUCUCUCUAUACAAAAUGGAUGGUAAUAAGCUGGAUGAUCUUGUAUGUGUGAGGCACUCGUUAAAGUCUGAGGUAUAGUUCAAAUUAUACCUUGUUUUUGGUUCAAUUGGUAUUGUAACACUUUGGUCGAUUGAGGUCGGCCUGGAGUUUUCAGUGAGAUGGGAUGGCUGCAUGGAUGAAUAUAAUUUUGAUGAGUUUGUGCUGUUAAUGUUCUAGACAUGCAACUAAUCUGCAGUCCCGACACAUUAACAGAAGCAAAAUCAUUGUUGGCAAUAUCAAGUCCAAAACUUAAUGGAGGGAAUGCACUACCAACAUGAGAAGAACAUGCAAUUAGAACGAUCGAUACCUCUAGCUUAAUGGGGAUUCCUCAAAAGUGAAUUGAACAGAGUACAUGGAUAGAGAUUUGGAUCUUUUUCUUGUGUUAAGUUGGGUUUGCUUAAUAUGUCCCUACAAUUUAACUGUUUGUCUAGAUAUUCUUUGGUAUAAAGCAUAUAGAUUUCGGGAUCAAAUGAAAGUAAUCUACCAGUAAGGUUCUCCAUCUUCCUUAUGGGAUUGUAGAAGCUUUUUGUUGUUC